UGGAACUUCCCGCUUACUGAAUCAACUGAAACUGCUCCUACAUCAAACCAUAAUGCCGAAAUCAAAGGAAAUUCUGUCGUCCACAUCUGGUAGCGACUCUGAUAGUGAAGUGGAGACCAAGCCUAAGAAGAAAAAGCCCAGUUCUCCUCCUGAGAAGCCAGCGGCCAAGAAGCAGAAGACCAGUGGCGAGAGCUCCAGACCAGGAGGUUCCUCCAAGGCUGCCAACAGCAAGACAGAAGACGGAAUGUUCCAGAUUGGGAGAAUGCGAUAUGUGAGUGUGAGAGAAUUUAAAGGGAAGUGUUUAAUCGACAUCAGAGAGUACUGGAUGAACCAGGAUGGCGACAUGAAACCAGGCAAAAAAGGUAUCUCCUUAAACCCGGAGCAGUGGAACCAGCUGAAGGACCAAAUUUCAGAUAUUGAUGAUGCAAUAAAGAGAAUAUGAUGAACAUGACCUGAGUUGAGACUGUGGUUGGGUGUAGCUAUGGUUUGGGGGGACUAGGGAAAUGGUAGGUACCCUACAGCUAUCCCAGGGCUUGUUUUUGGGUACCGAGUAUGUGUCUUAGCUGUCGGUCUCCACCCAAGAAUUGGUGUUAGAUUUGGCAGAAGUGUGGAUUUAUUUUUUAGUAUUUUAUAACUCAACUUGUGCUUUUCAAAUGUUCUAUUGAAUUAGUCUUCAUUUUGCAUGUCUAAUUUUCUCAUUACAAAAAAUUAUAAGUUGUUAAUGUCGUUUGACCAUAUGAAAGAUAUGAGUGUGUAUAUUUGGUUAGUAUGCUUGAAUGAAGACUUCAUAUUCUUGGUAUUAAAAUUAUUAUACUUGGUGUUAAUUAUGAUAAUAAAAUCAAUGUAAAGUUUUCAUUUAUCUUUUUCCGACCAUAGUAUGUUCUUGCUUUCAUCAUUGUUACCAAGCGAAAAUAUCAUUUUCUAAUGUUGCUGGCAGACAAUGGUGCUUUUUUUUAAAUAUUUCUCAUGUUGUUUUUUUUUACCUGGGGAGUUAUUAAUCACACUUAAUACAAGUGAUUUUUAAAGA